GGACUGAUAUUUGUUGUAUUUCUGUCAUCUAUGCAUCUAAUUUUGUCUAUGAAAGACAGUCUUUGUGGAGCCAAAUAGCUGGGUUUGCUAGUUCUAUCACUCUUCCGUGGGCUAUUUUAGGAGAUUUUAACUGCUGUAGGUCUCCUGCUGAUAAGGCUGGAGGUUCGCUUUUACACUUGAGCAAACUGGGUGAGUUAAACAACUUUGUGUUUAAUUCGGCUGUUACUGAACUUGCUGCUAUUGGCCACUUCUAUACUUGGUUUAAUCAGAGAUUGGAUGCCCCUAUUCAUAUCAGACUUGAUAGAGUGUUUAUUAAUGAUGCCUGGCUAGCUGCCUUUCCUAAUUCUUACUACAUUGUGACGGACCCAGACAUUUCUGAUCAUUGCCCUCUUAUUCUACAAAUGGAUACUUUUACCUCCCAAAGGCACCGUUUUUUGUUUAAGAAUUAUUGGUGUAAAAUUCCUGCCUUUUGGGAUGAUGUUAUCAAUGUUUUUUCUUUACCUACCAGUGGCAGCCCGAUUUGUGAUUUUUAUCAUAAGCUUAAGGAACUUAAAAGUGUGAUUAAGCAAAGGACUUGGAGCUCUUCCAAUUUUCUGAAAGAAGAACUUGAAAGACUUGCUCAUUCUCAGUCUCAGAUCAUCUCCUCCCUACAAUCUGAUCCUCUUAACAAUUCUCUUAAUAUGGCCCUCAAAUCCAUUAAUGAGAAUCUUUCUAAUGGUAAAGCUAAGUUUGUUGAUUGGAUCUCUCAAAGAAGUAAAGCUCAUUGGCUUAGGGCGGGAGAAGAUGAUCUGAAAUUUCUGUACUCAAACAUUCAUAUUAGACAAAAUUCCAAUCUCAUUAGGGGCAUUGAGGUUAAUGGGACUAUUCUUUCUUCCAACCAGGACAUCAGCUCUACAUUCAUUAACCACUUCCAAUCUCUGUUUAACUCCACUGGUUCUUCACUUUUGUCCCAACUUCCG